GAGAGCCGCAGCCAUGGGCAUCCGAGCCAUGCUGCGAGCCGCUGCGCUCCUGCUGCUCAUCCGGACUUGGCUCGCUGAGGGCAACGACCCCCAGCCCACCCCGCAAUUCCAGAUGGAGUUCUCCUCCGCCCUGCCCAAAAUCGUCGUGGAUCUUUUCAGGUGCAACAACUGUGCAAAUGGAGGUGUGGUUCAAAAGAUCUUGGACAGGGUGCUGUCCAAAUACGAUGUCCGCCUGAGACCAAAUUUUGGAGGUGCCCCUGUGCCCGUGGGAAUAUCUAUCUAUGUCUCCAACAUUGAACAGAUCUCUGAGAUAAACAUGGACUAUACAAUCACAAUGUUUUUGCAUCAGACAUGGAAGGACUCACGCUUAGCCUACUACGAGACCAACCUGAACUUGACCCUGGACUAUCGGAUGUAUGAGAAGUUGUGGGUCCCUGACUGCUACUUCCUGAAUAGCAAAGAUGCCUUCCUGCAUGAUGUCACGGUGGACAAUCGCGUGUUUCAGCUGCACCCAGAUGGGACAGUGCGUUAUGGCAUCCGACUCACUACCAAAGCAGCCUGUUCCCUGGAUCUGCAGAAAUAUCCUCUGGACAAGCAGGCUUGCAAGCUGGAGGUGGAGAGCUAUGGCUACACUGUGGAAGACAUCGUGUUAUCCUGGGAAGACAAUGACAAUGCCAUCCGCAUGGCGGAGUCACUGCAAAUCCCUCAGUUUGCUUUCCUGGGAAGGACAAUUACUAGCAAGGAGGUGUAUUUCUACACAGGUUCCUACAUGCGCCUGGUACUGAAGUUCCAAGUCCAGAGGGAAGUCGGAAGUUACCUUGUGCAGGUCUAUUGGCCCACAAUCUUAACCACCAUUCUCUCUUGGAUAUCAUUUUGGAUGAACUAUGAUUCUUCUGCAGCCAGAGUGACAAUCGGCCUAACUGCAAUCCUCGUUCUGACUACCAUCGACUCCCAUCUCCGGGAUAAACUUCCCCAUAUUUCCUGUAUCAAGGCCAUUGACAUCUAUAUCCUCGUCUGCUUGUUCUUCGUGUUCCUGUCCUUGCUGGAGUACGUCUACAUCAACUAUCUUUUCUUCAGCGAAGGACCUCGGCGCCAUCGUAGGCGACAGAGGAGACCCAGAAGAGUUGUUGCCCACUACCGCUACCAGGAAGUGGUGGUGGGAAAUGUUCAGGAUGGCCUGAUUAACGUGGAAGAUGGAAUCGGCUCUCUUCCCGCCAGCCCUGUGCAGGCCCGCCUGGCAAGCUCAGAAAGCCUCGGCUCUUUGGCGUCAACCUCAGAGCGGGCUCCACUGGCCACCCCGGAAAGCCUCAGCCCACUCUCUUCCCCCUUGGGCUCGGCCCAGCUGGCCACUGGAGAAAGCCUGAGCGAUCUCCCCUCCACCUCUCAGCAGGCUCUUCAUGCUUAUGGCUCUGGCUUUGACAGCUUGCCCUCUGAUGACUCUUUCCUCCCUAUUGAAACCCCCAACCCUGCUGAGGCCCAUGGCUGUGCUGAAACCUCUGACGAUGAAGACUACGAAGACUAUGAAGAUUAUGAAGAUGACAACCUGAGCUUGGAUGAGAGCCAUGACCUUGACCCCAGCAGGAGCCCCAUGCUGCCCCACGGCCAGAGGUGUGUGCAAGAAGCAAGCUGUGACCUUGAUAAGAUCCAGAGCUUACACGAUGACAUCAAUAUUGAGAGCACCUGCCCUGACCUUGAGGAGCAACGCAAGGGCAAUACUGACAGUAUCUGGAGCCUUAAAGAUGAGGAUUUCAUGGCCUAUGACCAAGACAAGGACAGUAGCUCAGAUUCCGAGGACAGUCGCCCCCCAAGCCCUGGGUGCUCCUUCACUGAAGGGUUCUCCUUCCACCUCUUUAAUCCUGAUUAUGUCCCUAAGAUCGACAGGUGGUCCCGGAUCCUCUUCCCCCUUUCCUUUGGGUUGUUCAACGUCGUUUACUGGCUGUACCAUUUCUAUUAG